AGAGAGGGAGGGGAGAGUUAGAGAGAGAGAGAGAGAGAGGUGUAUUAGAGUGCUAGUAGCAGACACACACACGUACACAGUAGAUGAGAUGAGGCUGUGGACGCGUGGAUGUUACAAGAUGCUGAGCGUCGCCUUGCUGUGCGUGUGCGUGUGCGUGUGCGCCGUCGGACGCGUCUCAGCUCGCUCCGACGUCGGAAAUGUGCUGGACGACAAGUGGCUGAGCGGGAGAUGGGAUCAGUUCCGAGAUGAGCCUGGAACCUGGACUCCAUCCAAGGCUUUGGACCAAGGUCUCCAUCCCGCCAAUGACCCCUGUUUGAAGGUCAAAUGUGGUCGCUACAAGGUGUGUGUGUCCCAGGACCACAAGCUGGCUACCUGUGUCAGCCAGAGGGGGGUGAGCUUUAAGGAUGCCAGCUUGUACCAGAGUCCCGGGUCAAAGUGCAAACCCUGCCCUGUGGUCCACCCCUCCCCCGUGUGUGGCACUGAUGGACACACCUACUCCACCAAGUGCAAGUUGGACUACCAGGCCUGCAUCAGCGGGAAGAAGAUCUCUGUCAGGUGUGCCAGCAUGUGUCCUUGCCCCGCUACACCUGAAGAGAGGACAGUGUGCAGUGAGUCAGAGGUGAAGGAGGUCAUAGGUCGUCUGAAGGACAUGUUCCAGGUGCUGCAUGACACCAGGAGAGACACCAGGAGAGACACGGUUGAGAAGAAGAAGUUUGAGGUGGGGGUGUGGCCCGCUUGCAGAGACCCUCUGGGGUGGAUGUUCUCCCACCUGGACACGGACUUGAACCUCCAGCUGGACCGCUCUGAGAUCAGGACUCUGUACUCGGACAGGAAGGAGCCGUGCUUCCACGCCUUCUUCAAGUCAUGUGACACGCACAAGGACGGCCUGAUUGGUGGCUCAGAGUGGUGCAGCUGUUUCCAGCGCUACACAGACUCUCCUUGCAGAGCUGAGCUCUCCUCCAUCAAUAGGAAGCACAUGGGAAAGAAGCUGCUUGGCCAGUAUCUGCCAUCGUGCGAGGAGGACGGCUACUAUCGCUCCCAGCAGUGCCACAGCAGCAGCGGGCAGUGUUGGUGUGUGGAUCGCUAUGGCAACGAGCGGGCCGGCUCACGCACCCACGGCGCCGCCGACUGCGGCGCACCCCUGGAGUCUUCGGGGGAUCCCGGCAGCGGCGACUGGACGAUGGCGGAGGACGAUGAAGAUUCGCUGGUACUCAGCGAGCAGGACGGCGAGGACGGCGAGGACGACGAGGAUGACGACGACGACGAAUACGUCUUGUAAUUUUAUUUUGUUUUUUGUUUUUUCCAAGAAAAGCUUGGUCAAAGUGUGUAGGCCAGCUUGUCCACGGUCCUAACUGUCCACGGACUAAAUCAUCAGUGUGGAUGUGGUCACAUGACCCGCCUCCUCCACUCCCCCGUCUAGACGUAGAUAAGAUAACAUCCUCUUCAUGUCAACUGUAACACAAGAAGAUUAAGGUGCAACACAAGAAAAGGAGAGGUGACGUCACAGUAGAUAAAGGUGCAACACAACAAAAGGUGACACAACUGUAACACACGAAGCUAAAGAUGCAACACUAGCAAAGGAGAGGUGACGUCACAGUAGAUAAAGGGGCAACACUAGCAAAGGAGAGGUGACGUCACAGUAGAUAAAGGGGCAACACAAGAAAAGGAGAGGUGACGUCACAGUAGAUAAAGGGGCAACACAAGAAAAGGAGAGAGGUGACGUCACAGUAGAUAAAUACCCAGCCAGCGUAGGAACAUUCCAUUGUUUAGUUAGCUUUGUGUCUGGGAGGAGUGGAGAGAUGAGUUUGCACAGGAAGGAGAGGAAGAGGAAGAGGAAGGUGAAGGUGAAGGUGUGCCUUUUCCUAGUGACAACAUUACUGACUUGGGGACAUUUUAAAGACCAAACAUUGUUCUAAUGAAUGAAUAUAUUAGUGCAGAUGUAUCUCACUACAUUUCUAUUUGCUGCAAAAGUAGGUUAAGACCAUUGAACAAACUGUAUAAAGAAUCUUGGACCACAACAGUGAGGAUGUUAGAAGAUGUCCACGCUAACAUGUAUCAUUAAUCACUAAUCAUCUCAUUCAUCCUGGAUCAAUUGUUCAGACUGAUUUACCCUCAUCCUGGAUCUUCUUAUUAGGGUGCACUUACCAUUUUCAAAAGAUAUAUAUAUAUAUAUAUAUAUAUAUAUAUAUAUAUAUG